CAAUAAUCUUUAGUCUAUUAAAAGCCGGCGACCAGUUUGUAUUUGUUCCAUCCGUCAAACACAAUGAUGAAACUUUGUCCGUUAUCAACUCUUGUCUUCACCGCCACAAUCUUCGCCCUAACUACCUCCCUGGAUAUAUCGAGUUUCACUUCACUGAAACUUACAAGUGCAACAUACAUUAUUAUUCAGAAUCUGAGACAUUCACCUGUUGAUUAUGUCGUAGUAAGAGAUGUGGAUCCUUUUGAUUUCGAAUCAGGAAGUGGCCCACAGGAAAAGUUUAAAGAUCUCUCUAUUCCUGCUAAACGUGCUAUUGAACGUCAGUUAGAGGUGAAUACUUUUGCCUCCAGAGCGCCUUUCACCAUGGAUUUGAUAUUUAAUGAUGGCACUACCGCCACUUUUCAUGUUAACAUGAAGUAUGCCGUUGAUGGCAAAAAUGCUGAAUUUGCAUACGAAGCUCCUUUUAAUAUUAAUUUUAGGAAACAAGUUGACAGGUGUUCAUUUUUUGUGGGAGAGCUGGAACGUGGCAUCUGAAAUGAUGUUGAAAAAAA